AUGGCUGGAAUUAAUGUCACGUAUGUCACCGAAUUCAUCCUCAAGGGAAUUACAGACCGGCCGGAGCUGCAGGUGCCCUGCUUUGUGGUGUUUCUAGUUAUAUACCUGGUCACAGUGCUGGGCAACCUGGGCUUGAUCACCUUGAUCAGGAUCGAUGCCCACCUCCACACACCUAUGUACUACUUCCUCAGCCACCUGGCCUUUGUUGACCUUUGUUACUCCUCUGCCAUUACUCCCAAGAUGAUGGUGAAUUUUGUUGUGGAUCGCAACACAAUUCUCUUUUAUGCGUGUGCAGCCCAGCUGGGCUGCUUUCUGACCUUCAUGAUCACCGAGUGCUUCCUUCUUGCCUCCAUGGCCUAUGACCGCUAUGUUGCCAUCUGCAGCCCCUUGCAUUAUUCAACACUAAUGUCAAAAAGAGUCUGCAUCCAACUGGUGGCGGUGCCCUACAUAUACAGCUUUCUGGUGGCGCUCUUCCACACCAUCAUCACCUUCCGUCUGACUUACUGUGGUCCCAAUGUCAUUAACCAUUUCUAUUGCGAUGAUCUCCCCCUCUUGGCUCUCUCCUGUUCAGACACACACAUGAAGGAAAUCCUUAUUUUUGCCUUUGCUGGCUUUGAUAUGAUCUGCUCCUCUUCCAUUGUCCUGACCUCCUACCUCUUCAUCAUUGCUGCCAUCCUGAGGAUCCGCUCUACCCAAGGGAGAUGGAAAGCCAUUUCCACGUGUGGCUCCCACAUGGUGGCUGUCACCAUCUUUUAUGGCACAUUGAUUUUCAUGUACCUGCAGCCCAAGUCAAACCACUCUCUGGACACAGACAAAAUGGCCUCGGUGUUUUACACGGUGGUGAUUCCCAUGCUGAACCCCAUGAUCUACAGUCUGAGGAACAAAGAGGUGAAAGAGGCCUCCAGGAAAACUUUGGAUAAAAGUUGUGAAGCCUUAAAGUUAUUAAAAUUAAGAAAAUAA